AUGGAGGAAAAUUCAAAGAAUCAAUCCAAUGGCAAAAUCAACAGAGUUAUCAAAAGAGCUGCUGCCUGGGAAAUUUCAGAUUUUGAUGCAGACAGUGAUGUUGAAUCAUGUCAAACCAGAACUGUUACCCUGAUGCACCCAGCUGCUGAUACACUGGAUCAUAGCAUUUGUGAUCAUGCUGCACAAGAAAAGCUGAAAAACUGUGUGAGUGUCAGUGAGCCUAAAGAGCUACUUUUGCAAACCUCUCCUCAGCAAGUAACUACAUCCUCUCCAAGCCCAAAUAAAAGGAGGAGAAGGAGAACUCCAGAGAAAAUAGAGGCAGGUCAGGCAAGAGCAGAACCAAGAAAACUCAAAAGGGAAAUCAAGAAGACAGAAAAAGAGAGGAGAAAAGCACAGGAGGCACUAGAAAAACAGAGGUGAAGGGAAGCUGCUGAUACCUUGAAGCUGCAUCGGCCAGGCCAGUGUCUGAAGUACAUGACUGUCUGCAUAGACCUAGGUCUACUAGAAGAUCCUGGAUCAGAUGCUUUGAUGGAAGCUUUUGGUUCCUUGGAAUUUCUCCUCCUCCGGGGGCUGGUGGUGCUACAGCUCUGGAGUAACACUGAGGUCUGGUUCCUGGACACAUGGCAUGAGUUGAGCCAGCAUGUUUCUGCACUGACCAAGACAAUAGCGAAACACCCAUACAAGAAACAGCUGGAGACCCAACUAUUCUCCUUCUGCACUGAUGGGGGCUGGUCCAGCGGCAUACAUGUGGAGAAGGACGGGAUGGGACUGCAACAGGUGUGAAAGAGACAAAUCCAGCAGUUUAACAAAGUCAGCCCUGUUGUGGCAGCAGCAGCCAUAGCAGCAGCAUACCCUUCCCCAAGCCUACUACUCCAGGCCUAUCAAGAGUGCAGCACAGAGAAGGACAGACUCCUCCUGCUGCGUGACAUUUGGGUUAAAGCAGAGGAUAGCAGGCGAGAACGACGGCUUGGGGCAGACUUAUCCUGCCAAGUCUCUCUCUUCUUGACAUCCACUAAUCAAGACCUUGUUUUGGACUUAAGUGCAUAG